AUGAACGCUCAAGUCAAGAUUAAAGAUUGUCCUGAUGCAAGAGGCUAUUUUCCCGGUUGUGUGAAAAUCAGUCAACAUUUUAGAAAAAACCGGGCCCUUGCCUAUUUUGCAAUCAGACAAAAGGUCAAGGGGAAGUAUUCCCCAACAGUAAGGAUAGCACCAAAUCGCACUGUGGAAUUAAUUAAUGGAAGAACACCUAAAACCAUUGAUAUCGAUGUUAAACUAAAAGGCAUUGCUUAUUUAGGCGGACUGCUUGAUUCAGUCAGUCAAGCUCAUCCAUCACCUUAG